AUGGAUACAUUCCAUCAUCAUUUUGACAACUCUGAUGCCCAUUUGCCUCCUGGCUUUCGGUUUCACCCCACUGAUGAAGAACUCAUCACGUUUUAUCUUCUCAAGAAGGUUCUUGACAGUAACUUUUCCGGGCGAGCCAUUGCUGAAGUUGAUCUCAACAAGUGUGAGCCUUGGGAGCUUCCAGAGAAGGCGAAGAUGGGAGAGAAAGAGUGGUACUUCUUUAGCCUACGGGAUAGGAAGUACCCAACUGGGCUGAGAACUAACAGGGCCACAGAAGCAGGUUACUGGAAGGCCACUGGGAAAGACAGAGAGAUUUACAGCUCAAGAACCUGUGCUCUUGUGGGCAUGAAGAAAACUCUCGUGUUUUACAAAGGGAGAGCCCCCAAAGGAGAAAAAAGCAACUGGGUUAUGCAUGAAUAUCGCCUUGAAGGCAAAUUUUCUUACCAUUAUCUCUCCAGGAGCUCCAAGGAUGAAUGGGUGAUUUCCAGGGUGUUUCAGAAGAGCAUUGGUUCCACUGCGAACAAUUCCAAGAAAACUCGCAUGAACUGCUCAAAUGCAACUUCAACACUAAACCUUUCAUACCCAGAGCCGAGUUCUCCCUCCUCGGUCUCUCUGCCGCCUCUCCUUGACCACCCCAACACCACCACAACCGCCGCCGUUACUGAAAGUUGCUCCUUUGACAAUCACGCUCCCACUGAGCACGUGUCCUGUUUCUCCACCAUUGCAGCCGCUGCUGCUUCUGCUGCUGCUUCCACAUUCAACCCCACUUUUGACCUGGCCCCACCGCUCAACGGGAUUGACCCAGUUGGUCGUUUCUCAAGAAACCUUGGCGUCUCUAACUUCCCCAGCUUGAGGUCUUUGCAAGAGAAUCUCCAUUUGCCUAACUUCUUUUACCCUCCCCCACCUCCUCCCCCGCCGUUCCAGGGUGGUACCUCAAACUGGCCGGUGAUGCAAGACAUGAUGGCCGGAGGAGGAGGAACCGGUGGUGGUGCCAGGAUGUCUGUGGGGCCAACUGAACUUGAUUGCAUGUGGACUUACUAAGUGAAACUCUCGUGAAAGAGUUUCCAGGAAUUGAAUUUCUGAGACUCGGCUUUUCUCCAGCCAUAGAGAGAUUUCCUUUUGUGGUGUGCUUUUAAACUUUUCAUAAUGUGUAAUUUUCA